AUCUAAAUAGUCACUGAUAGAAGUUUAGCUUGAACUGAAACAAUUUUGCAGGUGUUUUAUUGUCUUAAAUUUAUAUAAAGGAAAUAAAUUUUAAAGAAAUAUGUUCUGUCAAAAAGUAUUAUUAUUAUCACCAUUAUUAUUAGUGUUUUUAGUGUUUCAAUUGUCAAAUAGUUUUUCCAUACAAGGAUCUAUAAAAAAUUCACAAUUAUUUGAACUCUCUGUAAUUCAUAUAAAUGAUUUUCAUGCCAGAUUUCUUCAAACUGGUCCUGCUUCAGAUAUAUGUGAUGAAGAAAUGCACGAACACACCUGUAUAGGAGGCAUUGCACGAGUUUACACUGCAAGUAAAAAAUUACUUAAUGAACGACCAAAUGGAAUAUUUUUAAAUGCUGGUGACAUGUAUCAAGGCACCAUAUGGUAUAAUCUUUUCAAAUGGAAUGUCACAGCUCAAUUUAUGAACCUACUUCCUCAUGAUGCCUUGACACUUGGUAAUCAUGAUUUUGAUAAUGGAAUAGCCGGUAUUGUGCCAUUUUUACAACGAAUGAAAUAUCCUGUUGUAGUGGCAAAUCUAGACAUAACGGAGGAACCAACUUUAAAGGAUCUUUUUACAAAUAGUACUAUCAUAGAAAAAAGUGGACGGAAAAUUGGAGUAAUAGGUGUUCUACUAUCUACCAGUUAUAUGAUUAGUAGAACAGAAAAUUUAAUAUUUAUCGAUGAAGUGAUAGCCAUUAAUGCUGAAGCUGAGAAAUUAAAAGCAAAAGGAGUGGAAAUUUUAAUUGUCCUCAGUCAUUGUGGUUUAGAUAUUGAUCGAAUAAUUGCUGCUAAAUGUCCUAAUAUUGAUAUUAUUGUUGGAGGACAUUCUCAUACAUUCUUAUAUACCGGUCCUGAACCUUAUAUAGAUAUUCCAGAAGAUGAAUAUCCUGUUCAUGUGAAACAAAAUAGUGGAAGAUCAGUAUUAAUCGUUCAAGCAUCAGCUUUUACAAGAUACAUUGGAAAUUUGACAGUGUGGUUUGAUUCUAAUAAUGAAAUUGUGGAUUGGGAGGGAAAUCCAAUUCUAUUAGAUCAUUCUAUUCGAGAAGAUCCGGAAAUAUUAAAAGCCCUGAAACCUUGGAAGAAGAUGGCUGAUGUAAAAGGGAAGCAAAUAGUUGGAUCAACAAAAGUAUAUUUAGAUGGGAAAUAUGUAUGCCGUAGAGGAGAAUGUAAUAUGGGUAAUUUAAUUGCAGACUCAAUGGUGGAUUAUAAUAUCGGGAAAGAUACGAAUAAAACUUUUUGGACUCGGGCUUCAAUUGGUAUCAUAAAUGUAGGAGGAAUUCGAAGCAGUAUUACUAAUGAUCCCGAGACAAUUAGAUAUGAGGAUCUCAUUGGGGUUCAACCUUUUGAAAAUACACUCGAGACAGUUGAAUUUCAGGGAAAAAGUAUUCUAAAGUUUCUAGAAGAAGCAGUACUUAAGAGUCGUUCUCAAAAUGAAUUUGUAGGCAGAUUAUUUUAUCAAUGGUCUGGAAUCAAAGUUACUUACAAUUUAUCAAAUCCACAUUAUCAUAGAGUUGUAGAUCUAAAAGUAAGAUGUCAAGCCUGUGAAAUUCCAAUUUACGAAGAUCUGGACCUUAACGAAUGGUAUAGAAUUACAACAUUAAAUUUUUUACUCGAUAAAAGUAAGUACGCGCCUCCAAUUCUAAAUGGAUAUCGAAAUCGUAUCCCAGGACCUCAAUUUAUAGAUGUCCUUGUAGAAUUUAUUAAAAAGAAAAGUCCAAUAACAUACGGAACUGAAGAUAGAAUAACUCUCCUUGGAACUUGGAAUGGAAAAUAAAUUUUCAAAAAAAUUUAUAGCGAAUUCAUAAAUUCUAUCCUACUUAAAAAGUAUUAAUUUAUCAUCAAUCAUUAAAACUUGUAAAACGAUCAUAAAAUAGUUUUAUUUUUAAAGGAAUAUGAAAAUUAAAAAUAAUUAUUUUCUAUAUACAUCUUUUUUUUUAAAAAAGUACUAGAUUAAAAUAAAAUUUGAAAGCAAAUUUAUAGAUCUGAUACUGAAAUAACUUAAAAAUAGACUAUUUUAUAUAUUUUGUAAAUAAAAAGCAUUUGAUGUACACCAUAAAAAAUUU